CUGCCCACAGGCUCUUCCUUUGAACUUCUUUUAAAUAAAAGAGAAGAUUAGAAAAUAGCAUUGGUUGUGUGAGCACAGCUGGAUCCUUUGACUUGAGCGCUGCCUGUUCUGCUCCUUCCAAAAGGAAACUUACUGUAUCACAUUCCUGUCAGGCUUAGGCAAUAUGCAGGUAUAUAAUAGAUGCAGAUAGAUAACACAUUCCAAUUUUUUUUUUUCUUUUUUAAAUUUUCUUUUGUUUUCUUCUUCUUGUAUUGCCAUGGGCCAGUAUUCUGCCGCAUUUUCAUGAGAUACAGACAAUCUGAAUGGAGGACUCUGGUAGGCUCGGACAGAGUAUUCCCCGUUCAUGUGCUGAGCCUGAGCUGGGGAAGCACUUCGUAGGAUGGCUUUUGUCUCAACUCUAUAGAGAAAUAAAUGCAGGAAAAUACAAGUGUUCUUUGCAGUCUGUAAAUAUGCUGUGGUUCUUUGCAUUUUGAAGUUGUUCCUCUAUGUAGAAAAUAAGGGCCUCUGUUGCACAUCUAAUGAUGCAUCUGAAUGUUGACCCAUUAGUGUUUUGAGAUUUAGCAGAACAAAUGGGUGCUGCAUGGCUCUGAUGCUUAGGUCACGUAUGAAGCAACUUUACGUAUCCUAAGUGAAGUGUUGUAUAAAAGCCAUGGUAGAGAUGGUGACAGAACAGGGUUGGGGCAGAAACUGUUUUUUCUUGGCUAUUUCAAGAGAGAUGCUAAGAGCAUCAAGCUCUUCCUCUGGAGCCAGUCCUUUCGUGGAAGGGUUGAACUUCAUUUACAAGGCAGUGCAGAGGAGCUUCUCACCUAUGUUUUAAGUUUUCCCCAUAAAAACAGAGGAUUUUAGAUUAUUUCUUCAUUAAUGUGAUGCAGCUUCAUGUGGGGAUGUGCUGAAAAGGGUAAGCAGGGAAAACUGGCUCACCUGGGAUGCUCUCAGCACUGGUGAGGCCAUACUGGUUAGGUGGGGAAAUAUUGGUGCUAGGUGGACGGUUGGACUGGAUGAUCUUAGAGGUCUUUCCAAACCUUGGUGAUUAUGAGUCUGUGUUAGUGUGGCUUGUACUGAGGUCAGUGAGCACCUCAGUAAAGCUAUUUGCACACAGCGGUGUGCUGUUGGUGUGGGAACGCAUUGAUCCUCAGAGCCAGGGCAGAGCUGCUGGUCAGGAAGAUUAACUUUUAUGAACUAGAGGUACACAUGGAGUUUUAUGAGUGUUAGAAAUCAGGAGCUGCUUUGUGUGGAACGCAGCCUCCUUUCACCAGUGCCUGUCUCCUGGGAAUUUCCUGUCAUUAUGCACAAGAAAUGAAAGGAAUCUGAAUCCAAUGGAAGUGUGCAGAAUAAUCAAGGAUUAUUCCAAGAAAUCUUUGGAGAUGUUUAAACAACCUUGAAAUUAGAGCUUGACAGGGAAACUUUGCUUACAUUACCUCUCCUUAGCAGACCUCUUUCCUUAUUUUGGGUUGCAAAACUGACAAAAAGACUUCAUUUGCUUGUUUGUGCUCUUCCUGUAUUUAAUAAAUAAAUUCCUUUUCCUCCAGCCAAGAGCCAUGCUUCUUUCAUCUCAGCCUGCAGAGCUACUUUGGAACACAAUGCUAUUUGACUUGCAUGAAAGUACUUAAGAUUGUUGCAAGGGUGUGUUUUCAUGAUGCUUCCAGAGCACUCAGCAGCUAUAAAGCCACUAACCCAUCUAAUAGGCAAGAAGACUGGGAAUACAUCAUUGGAUUCUGUGACCAGAUCAACAAAGAGCUUGAAGGGCCUCAGAUAGCUGUGAGACUCCUGGCUCAUAAGAUCCAGUCGCCACAGGAGUGGGAGGCAGUCCAAGCCUUGACAGUGCUGGAAGCCUGUAUGAAGAACUGUGGGAGAAGAUUUCAUAAUGAAGUAGGAAAGUUUCGCUUUUUGAAUGAAUUAAUAAAAGUUGUGUCUCCAAAGUACCUAGGAGAUCGGGUCUCAGAGAAAGUGAAGACCAAAGUCAUUGAAUUGCUGUAUAGCUGGACAGUGGCACUACCAGAAGAGUAUAAAAUCAAAGAUGCCUACUACAUGCUGAAGCGACAAGGGAUUGUAAUGUUUGAUCCUGUUAUUCCUGUGGACAAAAUCCUGAUUCCUUCUCCACCAGCUCGUCCCAAAAACCCUGUGUUUGAUGAUGAGGAGAAAUCCAAGCUUCUAGCCAAACUACUGAAAAGCAAAAACCCAGACGAUUUACAAGAGGCUAACAAGCUUAUUAAAUCCAUGGUAAAAGAGGAUGAGGCUCGGAUUCAAAAAGUGACAAAACGUAUGCACACACUGGAGGAAGUAAAUAACAAUGUGAAACUGCUGAAUGAGAUGUUGGUUCAUUAUAGCAAAGAGGACUCAUCAGAGGCUGAUAGAGAGCUCAUGAAGGAGCUCUGUGAAAGGUGUGAAACCAAAAGACGGACAUUAUUCAAACUAGCCAGUGAGACGGAGGACAAUGACAGCAGCUUGGGAGAUAUUCUGCAGGCCAGUGACAACUUAUCCCGUGUGAUAAAUUCCUAUAAAAAAACAGUAGAGGGGCAAGUGAUCAAUGGUGAAGUGGAUCUCCGAGUGAUCUCAGGAGUGGAAGGGAGUAACUCCACAAGUAACCUCAACACCCUCAUUGACCUUGCUGGACUGGAUGUCACCAGCACCCCAACACCUCCAGUGCCACCCACCACCCUGACGCCAGCCCCUGCAGCAGCCCCAGUCCCAGCAGAAAUCCCCAUUCUCCCACCUCCUCCACAGACAUUUUCACAGUUGCGGAGCACUGCAUUGAGCCAAGUGGAAGCCACACCCACUCAGCAGAGCAGCACAGCUAAUUCUCUUUCCUUGCUGGAUGAGGAGCUUCUGUGUUUAGGAUUGAAUGACCCAGCCCCUGCAGCAGGGAAGGAGGCAUCAGAAAACAGCCAGUGGAGUGUGUUCGAGAAUGAGCAGCUGGACCUGGAUUUCUUCAGUCCAAAGACGGUGACUGUUGCUUGCAACCCUGCAGGGAACCCUCUUUUCCAUCACACAUCACAGACCACAUGUGGAACAUCAGUGACACUGCCUUCUGCUUUCACAGCCUCUCAGACUGCUCCCAACAUGCCUGCACCAAACUCCAUACCGUUUAUGUUCUCUGCUGGGCUGGCUGCCCCUGUGGGGCCUUCCAAGACAAUUCCAGCUGCUCCUGGGUACUUAACCUCAUCUGUGGGGAGUAGUAUGCCUCAUAAGAUGGAUGCACUGGGACAAGUACUUGAAGAAGCCAAAGGGGCUGCCACCCAAGGCAUGGCAACACCCUCAGUGUUACCUGGGGUUACUUUGCCAGUCCUUGUCACAUCUUCUCCGUUAAUGGUACCUGCAGGGCUGCCAGUCACUGCCCCAGGAACACCCCCAGUUCCUUUCCCAAACAGCUGCACUGCUGUCUCAGGGAGCUCUCUCUUCCAUCCAGCAUCAUUCCAGCAGCAAGGCAGUCCUAUGAAAGCACCUGAAAUUUCUUUGGCCAACGUCCACGUUCCCUUGGAAUCUAUUAAACCUAGCAGUGCCCUCCCGGUGACAGCCUAUGACAAGAAUGGCUUUCGCAUCCUGUUGCACUUUGCCAAGGAGUGCCCACCAGGAAGGUCAGACGUGCUGGUUGUGGUAGUCUCAAUGCUGAACACAGCACCCCUUCCUGUGAAGAACAUUGUGCUGCAGGCUGCUGUACCUAAGUCCAUGAAAGUGAAGUUGCAGCCACCCUCUGGCACAGAGCUGUCUCCAUUCAAUCCCAUCCAGCCGCCUGCUGCCAUCACCCAAAUCAUGCUUUUGGCAAAUCCUACAAAGGAGAAAGUGAGGCUGAGAUACAGACUGACCUUCAUGCUGGGAGACCAGCUUGCCACAGAGGUUGGUGAAGUGGAUCAGUUCCCUCCAGUAGAGCUGUGGGGGAAUCUAUGACCUUGGAACUCUGUCAGAGACUCUGUGACAGGACCAGGAAAGGAUCCCACAGGACUGAAAUGAAUGUGAUGGGGGAGGGACACAUGCUAUCCACUGGUGAUGUUCAGCUUUGUUUACAUGUCCUGCCCACUCUGCUUGUAGCUUUAGUCCAGAAUGUUUUACCCCACAUUGAAGGGGUCUUGGGACAUCUAUGCCAAGUAUGAACUGAAGACAACUGGUAACACGUAGUGCUGGCUGCUUUUAUCUUGGCCUCCGGGUGAAUCAGGUUCUAUCUUCCACUCUAUUAAACUUGAAGUUACUGUAUUUUGAUGGGAGACCUGUCAACAGGAGAUUUAAGUUAGUGUGUUCCUGUACUGCUGUCCAGAGUUACCUAUAUGCUGGUAAUGACGCUACCCCAAGCUUCCUCAGUGCAGAGCCCUUGUACGUGUCCUCCCUUGGGCUUUUACCUCCUCAGUGCCAGACUGGACCUGCUAAGCAUGUUAAGCAAUAAUGCUGGCUCCAUGAGGGAAUGCUUUUUUUUCCUCUUUUUUUUUUAAAAAAAAAAGCUGACAUGGCACUUAGCUCCCUUAUCUCCCUCCAUCUGCUUCAUUCCCAGUGAUCAGUGUAAGCAGACUCCAGCUCUUGUGUUGUGUGACAGUGCUGUAUCUUCAGUUAAUAUAUUUAUUUGAUCCUCUGGGCUGCCUCCCUAUUGUAUCCAUUUGGGGCAGCUGGGGAUGCUUUGUAUGCAAGUAGCUAACGUGGUUAUUUUUCUGCCUUCAUCACAUUCCAUAGUCUGGGGAAAAGAGAAGUGUGGUGAGGAGGUAAAACCAAGCAGUGGGGCUAGAAAGUUGCUUUCAAUGUUGGUGGAGGGCAGCACCUGGCAUGCAGAAGUGUCUUUACAGCCGCUAACCCAGGGAGGGGGAGAGUGCCUCUCAGGUCCCCUCCUGCAGGCAGUGUUAUGUGGUUCAGUACUGAGAUGCGUGUGCCCUGUUUUAAUAGUUCUCUGUAUUAAGUGGCUAAGUGCAAUCAUCCCCAGAAGAGGGAGAGUGGUUUUACUGGACAUCAGUAUUCAGUGCUAGCAGGUGGCAGAGGAAUUGACUAGAAAUUAAGUUUAAAUGACUGAAAGUUGAUUACAGAAGUCCCUUCCUUCUCUCAAUGUACAAUCUCAAGCAGUGCCUCAAAUAGCUUUGAGACAUUGUUUUAAUGUUUGUUUUUAACAUCCAUUGACAAAAGCAGGGGUGCUUUGUGGACAAAGUGCUGCUGGAAUUAAUACAGGCUGUAAAAUCAUAACUCAAAUACAGCUUGGAGUUAGGCAUGUCAUCUUUUCCGUGAUAAGAAAUAAAUACUAGAGGUGAAAAACUCUGGAUUUAAAGGCCUGAAGGAUCGGAGAUAUCAGGUAAUUGUGGAAACCCGGAGGGGGAGGAAUUGAAGCUUUGGCCAAGAACUGGCUGUAUGCUCCUGCUCUCAAGCUCCUGAGGACUGCAACCUUGUCAGCUCCCUGACAUAGUGGGCAGGCAAGAGGGAGCUGCAUCUUUUAGAUUCUUCCAGAAAGUAGCAAUUUUAAACUGAUGGACUAUGAUGGAGGACAAGGAAAGAAUUCUUUCUGCCUCAGAAAUGUUCUUGCCACUUUAGGCUCAGUAGGCAUAGGGAUAGUAUUUAGGUCACUUAAGUCUGCCCAGGUGCUGUAAGCAUAUCCUGAAGAAGCAGAUUUCACUGCUUUAGAUGCCUAAUUGUGAAUCUCACUGUGACUUAGAGGAAGUCAGUAGAGCACAAGUGCUUUCUGCAGAACGGCAUUGUUCUCACUGUUACUGGCAGUGCACUGCAUGUGCUGUACGGCCAAAUGGAAAGAUGCCAUAGUUUUGCUGUGUGGAAAUGCAUUAUUAUAAGCUUUGGAAAUUAAGCUCUGAAUGAGUGUUCCUUGUCAGCAGAUUGAAGUUCCUACUUCAUACCGAACAGCCAUUACUGUAAAUACAUCUCAAAUUCAUUUGUUUUGCUGCAUGUUAAAUAAAUUGGUUUCCCUACUUUGUUCUGGGGAUAGCCCUUA